CUUAACCUCUGGGUCACUCGCAGACAGACGAGUUCAAAAUCAUUCAUUUUAUGGGCUCUUAACUGUAGCUGCAAAACAAUGCGGUCUCGAAAACAGGGAACAUGAGGGAGCGGUAAGCGACGAACGGCGGUAAACAAACAUUAAAUCAGGAAGUUUAUAGUCCCACCCUCCCCCACGCGUAAUCGACUAUUCAAACAACUUGACAUACUCGUUGCGUUCCAGUGUGGAAAGUGCAACCUGUCCAGCCCGCAUUGCUUGUGUGCGGUUUUAAAUUGUGUGAGUUUGUGAGAUCAGUUCAAUCUUAAUGUCUGACGAUUGGCGGUGAUGCGAUGAUAAGUGGAUUUUUUUUCAAAUUAUGAAAAUUAUUUGAAGUGUCAUAGCAGUGAGUACGCUAGCUUUCUUAAAUACGCAGCAGGUUGAAGCUUCGAUUCCGUAGGAAAUAUAUAUAAAUUUUUUAUAUUUAUCUUUUCGCCACUAAAAGUAGCUUGUCUGCAGUCUCGUCCAUUCAUGCCAAUCCGUAUCGUGAACGAAAGUUUACAAACUUAACCACGUUUUCCAACGGUUUUUUUUUUGUUUUGUUUUGUUCACCCGUUCAAAGACACUCAGCGUCGGUUUACUUCACUGGCAGGAAUUGUACUUAGCAUAACAACAAAAAAUCAAUACAUGCGUAAUAACUUCUAGGUCUUCACCCUCACACAUUCACCCAGAACCGGCAAAAUCACUAUGAGCGGCAUCAGUAACUGAUAAUUAUUCCCUUGAGUUGGUUGGUUUGUGUUGGGUGUAAAGUUUUUUUUCAUUUUCCACACCAGCAUCAGUGUGUUCUGAUCGUUUGCAGCUACCAGUAGGUCGAACUGAAGAUGAACUUCAGCAGUAAAGUUCUAGUAGUAGCGUUACAAAUUGUGAUCCUGUCGGUGUAUUUUGUAUCUCCCGAAAAUUAUGAUAAACAACCGGCACUGUACGAACUUGACGAUUGGAACAAGUGUAACAUAGCACCGACCCGUGAUUGGUACUGCAUUGUGCGUGUACUACUGACAGGUGAUGCAGUGACGAGAUCUAGUUCCGAUUUUGAAAUUAAUGAUCUGAAGCGAUUCCGAAGAACGCUUCUAGAUAGGGGCAUUUGUUUGACCGCUUCACAAAGGGAUGCAACCAACGGUAAAGAUGCAUUGCCUAGAAGCAGCUUUCCGGCAUCAUGGAGCAAAUUCGAUCGCUAUGUGUUGAACCGUACGUACUUUCCUUCUGCGAUGCAUCCGGAUAUGCAGGCGGAGCAAGCAACAAGUGUUGUGAUUAAUCGCCGACUAGUGGCACAGUACCGUGGAUUGUCUGCGUACACGGAGAUAGAGUACUGCUUGAAAACUGAUCCAAAGCCCCAGUUCGAGCAAGCGAUAGGUGUUUUACUAGCGAUAGCACUAGUGCUUGGCUGUGUUCUCUUAUUCAACGCUCGUCGAUGGUUCGCAAAAGAGUUUGCUCCCCGAACGGAGGAUAAAUCAAUCAAGCAGUUCGCUUUGUUCGAUAUGUACAAAUGCUUCGGUUCGGUUGGGGUAGUUCUAGCACACUGUUGCCUUUUCGGACCAUUUCUGAUGCCGAUGAGUAACAUCGAACUGUUGGAGGAAUCCAUAGCUCAUCCGAACGUGAAACUGUGGCGUCUCCUUUGCCCGUUCCUGAUGCUGGCAUUCUUCACGAUGAGCUCCAUGCUGCUUACGGUGAAACUGUUCCACACCAAUCCGACCGAUCGACCUACAUUCGGCGCAAUCGUUAUGAAUCGUUUGAUAAGGCUGGUACCAUUGAACCUGCUGAUGGUCACAUUCUCGACGUUCGCGUAUGAUCGCUUUAUCGGUGGUGGACCACUCUGUGCCCGUCAACUGAUCAUGGAGCAAGGUUUUUGCCGAUCAUACUGGUGGAUGAACGUGCUGUUCAUGUCCAACUUUAAUAUGAACAAACCGUGCUUGCCGGACUCAUGGUAUGUUAGCGCGGAUAUGCAACUGUACGUACUGAUCGUAUUGACGAUAAAGACAAUAUUCAGACUACCAAAACACACCACCAUGAUCGUUGCGUUUAUGGUUGCAUGUUCCUUUCUAGGACCAUUCCUUACAAUACUGUGGACUGAUUUUGAUCCCGUAGGACCGGCCAAUUUGCAUGAAAUGCGUUUCUUCUUGCUCGGAAGCGAUUUCAUGAGUAAGCUAUAUACACCCUUCUACAACAACCUUGCCUGGAGCGUGAGUGGCAUGAUAGCCGGGAUCGUUUAUGAUCGUUUUCAACGCUCAGUUCCUAACUCUGAAAAUCAAAAGAAGAUAUUACAUUACUUAAAUGUUACGGUUUUAAUGUUACUGGCAAUUCUCGGACUGUACAUCUCUGCUACAAUCGCAGCAUCGAACGGCGAGCCUCAGAACAAUCGUUGGUGGUUAGCAGUUUGUUAUUCCACGUACAAACUUUCGGCUGCAUCUUUCAUCGCUGCUUUCUUCUUGCGCAUUUUACUAGCAGAGGAAGCGAUUCUCAUCCCACCGAUCGUGAGAAUCGGCGCAACACUUUACUACUGUGUUUACUUUACACAUUUUCCCAUCAUGCGAAUCGUUUAUGGCAGUGACAUAGUGAAGGAAACGAUAGUAACACCGUGGUUGUUGGUUCAAAAAUCGAUAAAAGUGUUUGGCAUCACGUACGUACUGUCCGUCCUGCUGCACUACACGUACGAAAAUACAGCAAUCAAGAUGCUGCGACGGAUGUUUUUCAGGCGAGCUUAAGUUUUCCGGGACAUUACCAUUAAAACAAAUAAGAUUUCUAUGGGGCUGUUAAUACAUGUUACCGUUAUUUUGUGUGCAA